AUGCUAAAUAUAACCUUCGGCGCGCUUCGGGUGCGGCCUUGCGUAGCGCCAGUAGUCGGUGGCCAGUGGUGGCGGUGGCGUAGCACCCAGCCGCAGGUAGCUGCCGCUGCCGGAGAGGGGCAGCUUAGCGACCGGGAUCCGGAGUGGGACCACGCACGGCCGUUCGACGAACUUCCGUCACCGACGCUGUUUGGCUUCCUGAAGGAAUUCGGCCCGUUCGGUAAAUACAAAGAUGGGACACUGUACGACAUCAACUGUCGCAUGCGCGAGCUGUACGGUCCCAUUAUGCGGUUUCGGGGAGCGUUCGGCCGCGAGGACAUCGUGAUGUCCUUCGUCCCGGAGGACUUUGAAAAGGUGUUCCGGACCGAGGGCCCCUGGCCCCGGCGUACCGGGAUGGAUGCGUUCGUGUACUACCGCAAGCAGCAGCGCCCGGAAUGGUUCAAGGGCUACGGAGGUCUGCUGGCGGAGCAGGGUGAAUCGUGGCAUAAUAUGCGCACGAUCGUCAAUCCUAUCAUGCUGCAGCCGAAGAUUAUUAAACUGUACAUCGACAAGGUGGACGAAGUGGCCCGCGAGUUCAUCGGCAUUGUGAACGAACUACGCGAUCAGAAGAACGAGCUGCCGGCCAACUUCAACGAGUGGAUUAACCGGUGGGCCCUCGAAACCAUGGGUGUGCUGGUGCUGGACGCACGGCUCGGUGUGCUGAGCCGGGAUCAAACACCGGAAGUCAGCAAGCUGAUCACCCUCACGAAGGACGCAGUGGAUCUGUUCUUCCAGCUAGACAUUAUGCCCUCGAUGUGGAGGAAGAUCAAAACACCGGGCUUCUAUCGGUUGAUGCGUACUCUCGAUCAGCUAUACUAUGUGAUUGCCGACAAAAUUGAUGAAGCCGUCGAGCGGAUGGAAAAGAAUCCGGGCGCCAGUUCCGACACGCUCAGCAUCUUGGAGAAGCUCCUGAAGGUGGAUCGCAACGCGGCGUUUAUCAUGUCCUUGGACAGCCUGUUUGCUGGGGUGGACACGACUUCAUCCGGAUCGACCGGUGUCCUGUACUGCCUGGCGAACAGUCCCGAGAAGCAGGACAAACUGCGGGCCGAGUUGCGUCAAAUCCUGCCCGACAAAGCGUCGCAUCUAACGCCGGAGAACAUGAAGAAUAUGCCGUAUCUGAGGGCCUGCAUUAAGGAAGGGCUUCGACUGUACCCUCCGACGUCGGGCAACGGGCGCUGUGCCGGCAAAGAUCUCGUUCUGCAGGGAUACCAAAUCCCGAAAGGGACGCUUGUAGGGAUGGGCCAGCUGGUCCUGCAGCGCCAGGAAGGACAGUUCACUAGACCAAGUGAGUUUCUGCCCGAGCGUUGGUUGACCGGUCCGGCCGCAUCCGGGUGUCCGAGUGCGAAGGAGGCGCACCCGUUCGUGUACAUGCCGUUCGGGUUUGGGGCUCGCACCUGCAUCGGGCGCCGUCUGGCCAUGAUGGAGAUGGAGAUACUGGUGUCCCGCCUUAUCCGCCAGUACCACAUCCGGUGGAACUAUGGCGAGCUGAAGUUCAAGGCCAGCAUAGUGAAUGUGCCGGCGACGGACCUGAAGUUUGAGCUGAAGGAUGUCAAAGAUUGA